GUAACUGUGGAAGAAUUUUACGCGCGUGUCUAUAGUGUCUAUGGGUGAACACGCCACUGUGGCUGACCAGCAUGUGUGUAUAUGACUGAGGGAGUUUUUUUUUUAAAAAGAUGUACACUUCGAAGUCCGAGUAAAACACGCAUCGAUGUUAAAAGGUGAACUUGAAAUUGUCAUUUUACGCUACAGUCAUGAUUUUUCAGGGUAGGCAAACAAUGACCUUGGUUUCUUUUUCUACAGACUGGAACUUUAUAUUACAGGACUACUGAAACCUGAGUGACCAGGCUACCCGUACAAGGUGUAUAGGCACAAUAAUCAGGAAUGGCAGAGGUAUGUGAACCCUGGGCUGCGUCGGAGCUAAUAAAAGGUAAGCUGGCAAAGUAAUCAAAUGGUUUAAGGAUGUUAUUUAUUUGUUUCAGUGAUCUACAAAGACUUAGCGGGGAGAUGAAGCUUUGAACAUUAAAACACAAGUUGUAAAAAAGUUCUUUGCAUGGGUAGCUUGAGUUGAGAUAUGAUAGCGUACUAUAGCUGCCUGUUUGAUAAAUUGAAUAUUAACCUGAUAUAUGGUCUUCGGCACUUUACUGCGUAACUUAACUUUAAACCCCAAAACCACGAGGUCUGAUUUGAGCACUGACACUGCUCUUCUGUGCUCUCAGGUAGAAAGAAGCCCACUUCUUCGACAUUGGUCUUCUGAGAGUUUGAAGUUUGAAGUUUAUUUCGAUCUGGUCAUAUCCAUUCAAUAUAUACAGUAAAUUACAAGAAAAGAAAACCGGACCGAAAAGGCAUAGGCUGAAGCAAGAGCUUAUUAUCGCCUAUCCUUCUUACUAAAUCAAAAUAUUCAAAACAUCUUAUUCCACACGUUAGAUAGAAAACAAAACAAAACACAACAACAAAACAAAGAACAAAAAAAUGACUCAGAAGAAAGAAAAAAAUAAAUAAAAAUAACAAUAAUAAUCAAAUUAAAUCCAGAAUAUAAAUUAAUCCGUAACCUCAAUCAUUUUUUCUAUAAUUUUCGAUCACCUUGCUUUUAAACAACGAUUUGAAUUUGUGGAUAGUCUGACACAUUUUUAAUUCAUCGUCAAGGGCAUUCCAUAAAUUCACACCUUUAACCGAAGUACACUGUUUUUUGAUCUUGGUUCUAAUUUUUAUUUUUUCCAUCAUAUGUGUCCCUCGGAGCUCAUACUUACAUUCCCUUUUUUUAAGCAUAUUGACAAUUUUACAUGGCAAUGAAUUAUUAUGUACUUUGUACAUGGUCUGUGCUAUUUUGUAGUCCACCAGGUCCUUAAAUUUUAAUGCUCUUAAUUUAAUGAAUAAUUUAUUUGAUGGUUCUCUGUAAGUUGAAUUGGUGAUAAUCCGUACUGCUCUUUUUUGCAAGAUGAAAAUAGGUUGCGUAUGGGUAGGGUAUGCAUUUCCCCAUAUUUCCAGGCCGUAGGUGAUAUACGGGACUACAAUUGAGCAAUACAAAAUAUACAAAGCAUACUGGUUCAAUAAAUCCUUUACCUUGUAAAUUAUGCCAAUUGAUUUAGCUAAUUUUGAUUUAACAUGAUUUAUAUGAGUUUUCCAGUUCAGUCUUUGGUCCAAAAUGACACCCCAGAAUUUUGCUUCCUACACUCUUUCAAUUUCUCUAUUGUUAAUGCUCAGUUUAACAUCUGUAUCUAUUUUAGGGUUCCCAAAUAUCAUAAAUUUUGUUUUACUUGUAUUUAACGACAAUUUAUUUGCAUCAAACCAUUUUUUAACCAAUUUCAUCUCCUUUUCAACAGUAGAUAUGAUUUCAGACAAGUGCUCUCCAGAACAAAAAAAAUUAGUGUCAUCUGCGAAAAGGAUGGAGUUCAUAUACUUAGACACAUUACAGAGUUCAUUCAGAUACAGAAUAAAUAACUUUGGACCAAGGACUGACCCUUGUGGGACGCCGCACUUAACCUUCAACAGUCCAGAAUCAGUUUUACCCAAAGAGACCUAUUGCCAUCUGUCACUUAAAUAAGAACAAAGCCAGGCGUGAGCUACCCCUCUGACACCAUAUUUAAACAUCUUUUGAAGUAAAAGGUCAUGAUCAAUUGUGUCAAACGCUUUUUUUUUAGAUCUAUAAAAAUUCCUAUUGUGUAUAGUUUAUUGUCUAUUGCAGUGGUUAUGUCAUCUAUAAGUUUCAUGAGGGCUAAUCCUGUAGACUGGUUUGUUCUAAAACCAUAUUGAUUUUCACUUAAGAUACUGUGCUUCUCUAUGAAACUGUCCAAUCUUUUGUCAAAUAAUUUCUCAAGAAUUUUCGAGAAUUGAGGCAGCAAAGAAACUGGUCUGUAAUUUGAAACCAGAUCUUUUCCACCAGACUUGUACAAGGGAAUAACUUUAGCUGUUUUCAUUUCAUUUGGAAAUAUUCCUGUUGAGAGUGAAAGAUUAAAAAUAUAGGUCAGAGGUCUAACUACAGCUUCGAUAGAGUCCUUAAUUAAUGUCAUGUCGAUCCCGUUGUUAUCUGUCGACCGUUUGCUUUUGAAUGCUGUAACAAUCCCCAUCACUUCAGUUUCAUGAGUGGGAGUAAGAAACAUAGAAUUUACAUUUGCUUCAAUCAAAUUAUUCACAUCAUCCGCAUCAACUGGUUGUACAAUAUCGCUUGCCAAGUUAGGUCCAACAUUUAUGAAGAAAUCAUUAAACUCAUUUGCCAUUUGUUCCUUAUUGGAUAUAUAAAUAUCACCCUUUAAUAUGGAUUGAGGGAAAUCCGCUUUCCCCAUGUUUUUUUUAAUCAAGCUGUUGAUUACUUUCCAUGUCUCUUUUAUGUUGUUUCUACUCUCUUCCAUCCGCUUACUGUAAUAAUUCUUUUACGUAUCCUUAAUAUAUUUGUCACUUUAUUUUUAUAUAACGUAUAUUUUCUUUCAGCUUUUUCUGUUCUACAUCGUAUAAAUUCUCUAUGUAGUCUAUUUUUCUUUUGUAUUGCAUUCUGUAGGGAUUUUGCUAUCCAAGGCUUAUUUUCUUGUUUGUUUCUGUCCUUAUGUGUUCUCAAUGGGCAGUUCUUAUCAUAACACUCUUUAAAAACACGUAAAAAUGAAUUAUAAGCCUCAUUAACAUCAGCAACAUAAAUAGAAUCCCAUGUUUGUCUCAUUAGAUCCCUUUUUAGUGACUCCACCCUUUCUGGAUUUCUCAGUCUAAAUGUUGUCUGAGGUUUUUCCGCAGGGGGUUCCAUUAUAUUACAUUGAAAUGUUGUAAAAAUUGGUAAAUGAUCACUGAUGUCUUGGAUGAACAACCCCCCUACUGUAGUAUCCAUGAUGUUAGAGGAAAUAUUAUCAAUGAGAGUUGCACUGGAUCCGGUAAUUCUGCUAGGCUUAGUGAUCCGAGGUAAUAAACCAAUACUAAACAUGGUGUCAAUGAAAUCAGAUAUUCCUAUUUGUCCCUGUGGAUUUAAUAAAUCAAUGUUAAAGUCACCACAUACAAAUACAGUCUUCUUAUUACUUACUUUUUCAUACAGUUCAACCAUCUGUUCCUUUAGAACGUCUAUUUCACAUACUGGAGCUUUGUAGACACAGCUUAUGAUGAUGUUCUUAACUUUUUUCAUUUUAAUUUCAACUGUAAUGAUUUCCAACUUGUCAUCUAUCCCUUUUGACAUAUUCUGCAGUUGCUUACAUUGCAGGGUCUCAUCGAUAUAUAAUACCACUCCCCCACCCUUUUUCCUUCUCCUAUUAACAUAAAACAUAUUAUACCCCAGCAAUUCAUAAUCUUUUACUAUUUCAUUAGUCAUCCAGGAUUCUGAGACUGCUAUUGCACUGAAUUUAGUUUUAAACAGCUUAAAAAAAUCAUGGACUUUUGAGAAAUUUUUAACUGGGCUUCUGCUAUUAAUGUGUAUAAUUGAUAAUACACCUACUAUUUCAACCUUUAUGUUAAAUUGUUGUUCAGUGUAAUACCUACAAUCAUUGUGCAUAGUAUGGAAAAAAUUAGUUUCUGGGUCAAUGUCAAUGUCCAUAUCAUGUCUUCUUUUUCCAGAAUAGUUAAAUGUUUCAUAAUCUUAAUCUAGAUAUGAGUUUAGUGGAGUAGCUUCAUUGACCCCAGACAUUACAUCUGUAUCAUCACUAUCAGAAUCUGUCAUUGCUCACAAUAGGUAAAAUAAUAACAGUAAUAAUAAGUAAGAUAUCAAGGAUAUUGAAAGUGAAAUCACAAACGCCUGUUUAAAUGCCCCACUCUCCUGCAACAUGCCCAUUCCCAGGCACACACACAAAUAAGGCAGCAAGUCUUUUACCCUCAAGUAAAGCGACCUGUAAAUCCAGUUGUCCAGUUGGAGAGUACAGUGCAUUGAUCCCCGCAAAAGAAAAAUAAAUAAAUAAUAAAUCCAAGCCAGCAGGGAAUUAGAAAAACAAAAGUCAGCAAGAGUCAUGCAGCAAGACAGUGCAAUAAGCCAUGCAAGAAGAGCGGGGAGCCAUGCAGUAUCUGUCAGCCAGCAGCAGCCAAAAAGACAGAGGAAACAAUUCCCCCUGUCCAUGCAUGGAAAAAGCCAAAAAGCUCCAUGCAAGAUUGUAGUUAAGCAGCAAUACAUGUUGCAAGAAGAGAAAAAAAAAAGAAAAAAGAGAUGGUAAAAAAUAAGUCCUCCAUCCAACAGGAAGUAUGCCCAUAGUUAGCAGGCGCAUAAUAGAGGCAUUCCCAGAAAAAAAAGAAAAAAAAAAAAAAACAGAGGGAAAUGAGUAGAAAAUAAUGUUCCAUUGGGUCUAGGAAUGAACUUCACCAGGGAUAUACAUAUCCAGUACUAAUCCGGCCCAUCUGCCACAGCACUUUAUGAACGUUUGUAUGGUUCAAGUUCUUUAACAUCUCUUACCGUGAGAACUUUGGAUGUUUCUGGCGUGUCCCCGUUCAGUCUGAUCAUCACCUUGCAGUUCCUGGUCCAGGUCGAUUUUAUCUUGUUUUGUAUCCUCAGGAUCUGUGCCUCUCUGGCUAUUUCAGCGUUUCUCCUUGUCAGAUGCUCAUUUAUGUACACAUCACAUCCGUUGAGUUUCUUCCCCUGCAUCAUUAAGUCCGCUUUGUGUUUUCUGUUCCAGAAAUGGAUGAAAAUGUUGGGUUUGGCAGGUUGAUCCUUUCUUGGGAGAGUGUGACAGGCCGCGAUGUUGUUUGGAUUGAUCUUGAUGUUCUGUGAGUUGAAGAAGUUUAUCACUGAAGUUUCCAGGGAGAGUUGUUCCUCAGGUGGCGCAUCCUCGCCCACGUUGCGGCCAUUAGCCGCUAAUCUGGCGUAGGAUCUCGCCUUGACCUGGAGCCCACUUAUGAUCACAUCCUCCAUCCUGGUAUAUUGUUCCAUAUCGUCAAGCCUUUGUUCCAACUCUUCGAUCUUCUUGUCUUUCUCUUUGACCGUUUUCUUUAGUAUCCGGACUUCAUUCUAGUGGGGGGCCUUAGGGAGAUUUUAGGGUGUGUUCGUUCACUUUUGAGCGCCAAGUUUGGCACAGGUGUAGCUUAGGGCAUACUUAAAUGAUUUGGCUAGGGCGCCUGCGCCGGUGACCUUUGGGGUCGCCACAGCGGCUGAUCCAAUAUAGCCACCACCUGAACACGCUUUUGCCUCUACAUUUGAACCAGAUGUGCUACAAAUCCAAACUUGGUGUCUAUUCCAUGUUUUUUGACAAUUAGAAAUAUGAUGGAAAAAUCAUCUUUAUGAUUGGGUGUGUCUGGACACCUAAUUAGCAUAUUUCCAAGAUGGCGGCUAUGUAAAAAUUAGGUGUACCUUAACUUUUGAUACUUUUGGCAAACUAUUUUAGGUUUUAAAAUUUUGAAAUUCUUGGGAGAUUAGUUACUCAAGCGUCCGAUGUGCACGCAGCAGAUGUGUUCUAUCAUACCAAAUGUUAUCUGAACUUGAGAUAUGCAGCACAAGUUGCACAACAUAAAACAUCUUCCUGCAUAUCAGAAGAAGCGUCUACCAGUGAAUCCAGGGAAACCUUUGACCCUCUGACUAUAGCCAAAUUUUUGCCCUAGUUGAGGAUUCAGAUUGCUCCUUCACAAUUUCAAAUUUAAGGCAACUCUAUAGAACCCUCAUGAAUGAACGUAGGCAUGUCUGUUGUUAUAAUGAACCUCAUACAACAAGAUUCAAGACACAUCUCCUCUCUUUUCUGCCUGACUGGAGUGAACACCAGAAAGGGAGGGAGACGUACAUUGCAAGCAAGCAAAAAGUGGCAGACAGUGUGGCUAGAGGCCAUGAUUCCAACCAGAUUGAUCAAGAUGAGGCACUUUUGUUGACAAGGGCUGCCUUGGUUUUACACAAGUAUUGUUUACAACCAGCACACAAAUCUGAUGGCACCUUACUUUCCAACUGUCUCACGGUAUCUGUUCCUGAACCUUUAAGAGUAUUCAAUGACAUUGUCCUUCAAGGACCAGGACUCCUCAAAGCCUAUGAGGAUAAUACAGAAGAUGACAACCUGAAGCCGAGAUCAAAAAUAGCAUGUCUCAUCGUCCAGUGUCAACAGUACAAUGCAUAUGGCGGCACCCAUCAUGCCUGCAAGACGGACACAAUACGUCACAGCAAAGAUCGAGAACCACCCUUUCCGCUCUAUCAGGGCCUCAAACUCUAUGGCAAUGGACACCGUAAAAAUGAAAUUAAUGAAGCUCAUUUACAAGGGUUCUCAGUGUCGUAUAAACGAGUCAUGGAGGUGAAGCUGUCACUGGCACGUGCAGUGUGUAAACAGCACAAUGAAGACGGCAUUGUUCUUCCUACUAAACUUCGGCAGCAUGUUUUCACCACCUAUGACGUUUAAGCGAAACCAAUAUCUUCAAAAUGUCACAACCACAGCCGACCCCCCCACCCCCCCACCCCUGACAUUUCAUAUAAACAUCAGAAAGGAAUCAUGCAUGUCAGAAUUAGUUGAAUUAGACCUUUUGCACCAGGUUUUACUCAAAACAAUAGCCAAGUUACGUCCAAUGUCUUCAGAAUAGCAAAACGCCACUUGGAAAUAUGCAAAUUAGGGGUCUAGACACACCCAAAAAUAAAAAAGAGCAUUCCAACACAUUUUUAAUUGUCAAAACACAUGAAAUAGACACCAAGUUUACAUUUGUAGCUCAUCUGUUUCAAAUGUUAGAGACAAAAGCUAUUACAAGUGGCGGCCAUAUUGGAUCGGCCGCUAUGGCGACCCCAAAGGUCACCGGCGCGGGCGCCCUAGCUAAAUCAUUUAAGUAUGCCCUGAGCUACACCUGUGCCAAAUUUGGCACUUUUAGAUAAAAGUGAACGAAAAUAUCCCUAAGGCCCCCCACUAUUCAUCAGUUCGAGGAGGGUAGCUUGUUGUUUGACUACCUUACUCAGCCGUUCUCAUGUCGUUCUCCAUUGUCUUUCCCCGAGUUGUUGUUGGCAUUCUUUUUUUGAUUCUCGUUGUUUAGUUAGUUUUGUUAAAGUUAAAGUUUGCAGUCAGUCAGACAGCGCGUCGCAGGGCGCCGCCAUCUUGAUGACUUUUGACAUUUAAAAUGAUACAAAUUUGUACAUGGGUCAAUGACGUGACGCCUAAAUAUUCUGUCCGGCUGUAUUUUCUUAAUGUUACAAAGAGUUUUAAAUGUAAAACAAUAUACUAUCUAUGUGUAGUAUCUCUCUAAUAUAUGGAGCCACUUCAACUUUUCAAAAAUCAGGAGUUUUUUGUAAUUUUUCUGAACUUCGAAGUGUCAAAAUAUCAUGUGGUGCGACCGUCCAGCCAUGACUUCUGUUUUGAAAACUUCUUUGAAAUUACUCUAAAUCUAUUACAAUUUAGUUUCUGCAAUAUUCGGCAUAAUUUCCAAAGUGUUUUUAUUCCUGUACAAAAUUGCAAAGCUUUUGCAGUCAUAUUUUUUUCAUAAUAUACAAACAAAUUUUGUCCGAUCGUGUCCAUUUCAUUAAAUAUCAUGUGGUGCGACCAUCAAAAAAUGACAAUUUUUGACACUUUUAUGCUGAAAUUUACUCAAGGUCAGGAAGUUGCAUCAUUCACCAUUUUGUUAUAGAGCUAUGGAAGCAGAAAGAGGGUUGGUGGCUCUCUCAUUUCUUAAAAAAAAAAAGACCUUUUCAACUGCUGUAAUGGCGUUGCCACUUUUGGAUAUCGUGGUAUGACCUAAAAAAAACAACAAUUAAUUUAAGUCAUUUCCACAAAUAUGUAUUUUAAUUAUAAAUUUCAUAGUGAACUUUUGUGGGGGGCUAGUGAGCUUUGUUUAUGUGACUAAUCCUGUAUCAGCAAAAUUUGACUGAACUUGAAAAUGUCAUGCGGUGUGACCAAUUAUCAUGUGGUGUGACCACUGCAGAUUGUUUUCCAUCUUUAAUAUAUGCCCUAGAUUGGCAGUAUUUACGCUUUUUAUAUUCAAUUGAUGAUUGAUAAACACUAAAUACUUAAUUUUUAUUAUUAUUUUGACUUUUUUUUGUUAUUUGAUGAGUCAUUUUGCUAACAUUUCUGAAAUAAUGGUUAGUUCAUCUCUGUGCAAAAUAAGAAAAAAAUAUUUAAAACUUUCAUGUAUCAAUUUAAGUCAUUUUAAUUUAUUUUACCAGAUGCCACUGCCAAGCAAAGUUAAAAGUGCUCGCCAUAGGCAGCGUGUCAACUCUGACCCUGCAGCAUGUUGUUCAUGCCAGGGCUGGUCAAAGAUUGGGCCAAGAUUGUUGACAUCGCUGCACGGAUGGUGAGAGGAGCGCUUCGCCAAGAGCGUUAUAUUCAUGAUCAUUCAAAUCCGUUUGAUUUACCUGAUGAUGUUCUCUAUGAACGUUACAGGUUUUCCUCGGACGGCUUCAAUAGUCAAGUAACAUGAAGUCGAAGCAGUACACUAAUAUUUGCCAAGCUCCAAGUUCAAGUUUCAUGCAGCAUAUCAGUCAUCAUUCAGAAUUUAUUAAAGCAGAUUAGAAAACUCCUCUUAACCCCAAAUGUGUCUGCAGAUGACAUGUGACCAUCAGAUGAUGGAGAAAAAAGAAGAAAAGGCAGUGUGAGGAAAUCACUGUUUACACGUUGAAAUGUGUACAAAUAAAAUCUUCCAAUAAACUUACAAACAACUUUAAAGGAUGUUGUUAGAUUUAUUUUUAUUUGCUCCCACGUACUCUUUUCCCCACUGCUGUUGUAUCUGAAAUAAUGAGGUCAAUGAUGGAGGUUAUCACACACGCUGCAUAGCAACAUAUUAGGGGGCCAUAAAUUUAUGAACGCACAAAUGUAAUUUACACAAUCGAUGAUUUUUUUUGCCAGCAGUCCCUCCGGCUUUUAGCGGCUGCGGCUGUCCUGCUCCUCACUGAUAUAAUGUUGCGGUACUCCUCGUAUUACCGUAAAAUAAUGCUCUGUUCCUCGGCUGUGAAAUAUGACAUGCAGCCUUCUCCAUUGUGGAGAUUGGUCCGGUGGCACUGACCCCACCCCCUUUACGUGUGCACGCACAGAUCUAGACUGACCACAACUGAAUUUAGUUAGCGAGUUGAUAUCCUGCCUCGUUGUACAUCUGAUCGGGAUUACGGAGGUCUGGUGAAGUUGAGCGAGUUAUCCUGGGUGUGUUAAUCCAGCUUCAUAGUGCAGGCCUCUGGACCACAUACACAAACACACACAGAGUUAAAUUUUUGUAAAAAAAAAAAAAAAAGGGAAAAAUAAAAUGUUUGUGUUCAUGUUUGAAAUGUUAAUAAAAUUUGGUUUGAAUAUAAAAUUUGCAUGAAAUUAAUUGUUCAUAGGUCUCUUUAAAUUGAUUUUUAAUGAUAGAAGGUCUUCAGGUCAUUUGGUGCGACCACCAAACAUUAAUUGUAUCAAAUACAAACUAAAAUAUCUAAUUUCUGUAACUGAGACAUUAAUACCUGAUACAAUAUGCUUACAUGAAAGGUAGUUUUAAAACAUUUUUAUCAGUAUGAUGCAAUUUAAAGAAAAAAAUAGUCAGUGAACUUCAUUUGAUACAGCGACUGUGACAUUAUAGAGCUAAUAUAUGACAUCAUUAUUUACAAAAACUCAAAUAAAAUGCAAACGUUUUGUUCCUAUGUACCUGAUAUUACAGACAAUUUUUAAAAAACUAUGGAGUAUGUUGAAAAAAUGUUAUCAUUUUGAGAUAAAUGAUGGUCGCACCACAUGACAUUUUUUAAGGCCACAGGCAAUUCAUCUAUAUGAAAAAAACACUAAAAUUGCCUAAUUUCAAAAUUAAACUUAAAUUUUUGUAUACAUAACAUACUUAGUGUUUGAACUGUUGCAAAAGAUAUUCUUAUUUUUGGUAUUUUAAAAUUGGCAUGUUGAAAAACCUUAUACGUCAUUGACCCACAUACAGUAUUUUAUCAUGUCUGGACCAAAUUGAGAUUUCUUAUGACUAGAACUUUGGUUGAAGUUGAAGCAACAUUUAACUCACUGCUGGUGAUGAGAGAUGUGAUGUUAACUCUGGCUGUAGGGGCCGGUUUGACCCUGCUACUUUUGCCUUUUUAGCACCCAUACAGGAAAUACAAACAUGAUUAUUCUCUUUGCAGAGUUGUGCAGGUUCUCAGCUACCUUAGAAAAUAUGCUCAUAACUCAUAACUGUUUGAUUGGGAUGAGAAAAACUUGGACUUAACUAAAUAUUUAAAUCUAGUUUGAGUUAAAAAAGUGUUGUUUGCAGUUUCAGGAACAACCCUUACUCCCCCUGUCUCUCUUCCUCUCUGUCUUUGCACCUACAUUAUAGACCGGCUGUACUUCGCCACUCUACAUGUCAAACCAAAGAACACGGCCAACACACAUUACCUCAGCACUGAUGAGGAAUUCACAUAUGAGAGGUAAGCAUCAGUGAGUGCAUCUACAUAGACUUGAGUGCCCCAGGUAUGAGUCUUAUCCCAGUUUUGAUCAGAUAAGGGAUGUGGUAUUUACUUGUUAACUUGGUUAGCCAUAUCCCUCUAUACAUGAUAAAUACCAUGGGCUCUAUUUUCGUGUCCGCCGGUGAGGCGGCUGAGGGUGAGGCGAACCGAGACCCGCCAAGCUGGGCGUGGUGGCGUGGCAGGGGGAGGUGUCGACAGAAUCAGCUGGUGCAGUGACAUUUUUGUGCUCGUCAGUGGCGUGUAAAGUGCGCUGAAAGAUCGCUGAUUCAAACUUGGUCAGCUUUCAGCGCAGGCGGAGCGCAGCUGGUCUAAUGGUAUUUUGGUAGACCGGCGGCGUAUCGGCAUUCGUCACCGAUACCUCACAGGCAGGUUUCCACAGUGUCAGGCACAUUUCAGUGCAAUAAAUAAUCAUCAACAACUAAUAAUCUGAGUCAGCACAUACAGUUAGAUCUAUAUAGAUAUAUUCUGAUCUAUAUCUGAUCUGAUGAGCACGUUUGGCACGCGUUUGGACACACAACCUGACCGAAUCAACACAGCUGAAACCGCAUUAAAUUAAAUCAAAUAUCUAGUAAAUAAGCACACAUGAUGAAGUUAACUAGAUAUGUAAUUUGUCUCCCUCCUUUUCUUUCUUCCUCUUCCUCUUAUUUCUCGCGCAGCUCGACCUGGACAUGUCUCCAUGUCCUCUCCCCGUCCUGCUGCAGCUGCUGCUGCAGCAGCUGAACAGAUGAUUUGUUUCAGUGCUCAGAUGAGUUAUUUACUUUAAGCCUACAUACGAAUAUUAUAAUAUUCAGUUUUGUGAGCCAAAUUUAUUUUAUAUGCCAACAUCUAUGAAAGAAAGAGCCAGGCCUUGGAGCACGAUGCGUCAUUUACGCACAGAUGGUUCCGAUUUUAAUGCCAUUAUUGGAGUUUAUGUUGUGAUCUGUGUGCUCAACCCACCUUUGUCACGCGAGGUUUAAAUGUAUAUGCAACUUUAUGUGAGUGUCUUUAUUUGUGGAAAAGGGUGUUUGUCUUACCAGUGGGUCCAACAUUACACACACCAAAUCCAUCUGUGCUCAUAUGAGAGAGUGUGGAGGACGCCCAAUGCAGCGUUUACAGUGACACUUGUUGAGGAGCUGCGUUCUGUCGCCAUCGUGUGGCAUUACUGUCCUCAGACAUCUCUUGAUCUCUUUGACUACUUCACUAAAAUUGUAAAACGCCUCGCCGGUGGCGGAUUUAAAGGCAAGGAGAGGAGCUUAUGUGAUUGGUGAAAACAGGUCUCAGCUGUGUUAAAACCACUCCACGCCCUCUCUCCUCCCUCGCUAUGACUUACGGGAGGAGCUGAGUUAGGGAUGGGGGAUACUUACGCCGGGCUGCGACACUCACCAAAAUACCAAAUUAUGCUUAGGAACGCCUUGUCGACGCGGUGGACCUGACUUACGCCGCGCCUGCGGCGCGUCUAUGGUGAGGCACGAAAAUAGAGCCCUCUGUGUGUGUCAGAGUAACUUUCUGUUAUGCAGCGAGACAUUAGUUUGACAAACUGCCAGCGAUAUCCCUUGUGAGAUUUGUGUACUAGCUAAAGAUAGCAUCUUGCUUCAAGUGCCUCGUGGUUGUGGAACAUAGUAUGUGGAGUAGAAGUACAAUGUUAAAAAGAAUAACACAAGAGUUAUUCAAGGCAGUGGUGGAAAAAAUGGUUUAUGGAUGUCAACUAUGAACAGCUGCUUUAUCCCUGUGACUUUUAAUUAUUAUUUUUUAAUUAAACAGAUACUUCUUUAUUAAUAACCAAUCUUUUGGAGACACAAAAAUAAUUAGUUGAACUCUGUUAACUGAAAAAACCAUAUCACUAUCAAAAGUGAUUUAUUCUGAAUUUUCUUAAGUGCCGAGGCCCAGAAGCUGGGCUAAGAUCUGCUUGGAUCAUAGGGUCAAGGUAAGGGGACAGGUCAAACGGGGCGAUGGAUUAGGCUGGAAUGACAAGAAGCUCAGUUUUGGACGGGUAGAGCUGUAGGUAGCUCAGAGUUCAUCCAUUCAGAAAAAUCUCUGAGGUAUGAUGAAAUUCAGGCGGAUACAAUUGUGUCAUAUGCAGGGAAUGACAGGAGGAGCUGAGUAUCAUCUGCAUAGCAGUGAUAUGAGAAUCCAUGAGAUAGGAUUAUUGCACAGAUUGAGAUUAUGUACAUCAAGUAAAGGAGAGGACCAAGCACUGACCCUGAAUACUAGGCUCCCCCGCCCUCUCCUUUCUCUCUCGCCUUCCCUUAUCUUUUUCUCUCUCUCCCUCCCCCUGUCCUCUCCCCUCUACCCUCUUCUCUCUACAUUCCUCCCCAACCCAGCAGCGGCAUGGUGGCUGUCUGGCAUGAGUCGGGUCCUGCCCAAGGUUUCUGCCUGUUAAAAGGAAGUUUUUCCUUGCCACUGCUACUCAUGUUAGUUGAGAUGGGCCAAAACCCAUCUUAGGUUGGUUCUUGAUCAUCAAACAAUGAGCGUGGUCUAGACCUGCUCUUGUUCCUUGAAAAGCGUCUUGAGAUGACGACUGUUGUGAAUUGGCGCUAUAUAAAUAAAAUUUGAUUGAUUGAAUUUGAUAGGCUGGAGACAACCUGAGGAGCAGAUCAUGGGGAUGCAUUUUCAGUUUAGAUGGAGUUUAUGAGAAUUUCAGAUGAGGAGAAAAACUGUGUAAUCGGCUGAACUGAUCAGUUUUUCUUUAUUUUAGGUUAAAUCUGCAAAUUGAGGGAGAGUCUAUUUUUAACUAUUUUUGGUUAAUACCGUCAUGUUGUCAUCACAUACAUUUGGGUUUGUGAUGUCCUGAUUUUAUUUAAUAUUUACUUAAAAAAAUGUAAACUACAGUAAUAGUUUAUUAUAAUAACUGUAAUUUAAAUAAAAAUGGAAAAAACUCAGAUCCCAACAUAUCACUGACUGGUUGGAUAAUACUGUCAGAACUGGUUCUGGCUAACCCACUUGUCUAUCUAUGGCAGAAGUCAGAGGAGAGAGUCACUUUCCUUUAUGGUCAUAAGACAUACACACAGUUUAAUACUUAUAAAUUUUAUUGACAACUCAAAAUAAGACCAAAUGCUAAAAUAAGAUGCUCUGUGAUUAAAAGAGUUUUACUGAAAUUAGAUUACUCAUUAGUUCAUUGGGGGUCAUGUGAUGUUUGUUUCCCUUGUAUUCUAUCCCAUGUAUUUUAGUAAUGAGAGUCCUGCAUCCCAGUGUUGUCAUUAUUACAGUGUCACUGUAAUUGGAGUCUAGUGCUGAAGCACUGGCAAAUCACAGGUUUGUCCGAACAAACAUAGUGAAUAUUUAUAUAGCAGAAGUCCCUUGUGUUCCCAUUUUUCUAAGAAACUUCGAAACUGUGAUGUUGACAGUGCCAUGUUGGAGUUGUUUUCAUCCACCUGUUUGUUUAUGACUAACAAUAAAACAAGAACAUGUUGUAGACCAGCACCUCUUGUAUAGUGUCUCUGUUGUGAAUUAGUGCUCAAUAAAUAAUGAUCGAUUGAGGUAAAGAGGCAGAACUCCUGUAAACAUUUUUCAAGUAGAAGAUGGGCCCAAUUAAUGACUCUUGGUCUUGUGGUCAAGUGUUUUUUUUUUUUGUUUUUUUUUACCUAGCUGAGGGUUACCUUCCAUCUGUUGUUAAGCUAUAAUUAAAAUCGGAUGAAUCUGAACAGAGACUCGGCUGCUUUUUCUGUCACUUAAUAUUCAGAACAUUUAUUGUCUGAAAAACUCUAAAAGGUAUAAUCAAGGUGAUCAAGUCGUGUUCCGAUGCUUUUAUUCUCUCACCUGUUAUGCUACUCACCUGUUUCACCCUGUCAUAGUUUCUAUGCAGACUUUGGACCCCUAAACCUGGGCAUGCUGUACAGAUACUGCUGCAAACUCAACAAGAAACUGAAGGUAACUCAAACUAUGCUCUACUCUGACAAUUCAGACCAAAACUCCAACUUACCUUUGAACACAUGCAGAGAUUUGAGCUUAGAGGGGUUUACCCAUGACAUAUACAGUACUCACACUUUGUGGUUUAUGUCUGGGUUAGGACAAUGACUUCAUUCAUGCUGCUGGGUCAUUUAAUUAUUAUUACUCCUGGACUUCUUUUCUUCCUUGUUAUUAAUAUACAACAGUGAACCCAACACAGAACCUUCAGGAACCCCACACUCAGCCAUGAGCAGUUCAGAUUUAGCCUGGUUUAUUUGUACAUAUUGAUACCUACAUUGUUUUUUUUAUCAUUAAAUUGUGAUCAGUGUAGAAAUUGUGAUGUAGAAAUGCUUUUGCUCUUUAGCAGUGGUAAUAUCCUCCACCAAGUGCACAUGAAGUUAACCUAUUUUUCUAAGUUCACAUUGUUGCUCCUGUUGUGUCUUGAAUAAAAUAGAUGUGUCCAAGAUUUCUAAGGGUCAUUUUACUAAUUAUGUAUGUUAAUGUGAACUCUUCAGUCUUUCACCACGUCUAGAAAGAAACUGGUCCACUACACGAGUAACGAUCAAAAGAAGAGAGCCAAUGCUGCAGUUCUCAUUGGUGGAUAUGCUGUAAAUAUGUCUUCGUCAUCUAUUCACCCUUCUAUUUAUCAUUUUCCUUAUCUGUACACCUUUCCCUUUAUAAUGUCUGACUGAAUAUGCUCUUUCCUAAAGGUAAUCUAUUUGAAAAGAAGUCCAGAAGAAGUCUACAGAACCCUGAUCUCAGGAAACAAUGCAGGCUUUCUGCCAUUCAGGUAGACCUACACACACACACCCUAUAAACUACACAGACGUUUUUGUGUUUAAUAAGGUUUUCCCAGAUAAUCUGACAGGAAUGACUCUGACAUCAGCCAUCAUACUGGUAGGUUGUCAGUGAAAUCCAUAAGAGAGCUGAUGUCAUAAAAGUCUUCAAUUAGAAGAAUAAAUGAAAGACCUUUAGAAAAAUCAUAGUUUAACAGCCCUUUAACCCAGCCGACAUUAUAUAAGUUAGCUGUAGGCUGGUGGGACAGAGUCCCCUACCUGGGACAGUGUCAGCAGUGGCGAUUGCUCUAAGACUGCAAGGGAAGCUCAGCUUCCCUUAAAAUGUCACCCCCCCAAAAAAAGAAAAAGUGGUGAAAUAGGUACUGCUGUGUGUACAUUUCAUUAACUAAAUACGCGCUAGAAAGCCUUCAUCUUUUGUUCAGAAUCAGCUUCUUAUCACACUGUGAUAAGAAGCUGAUACUGCACAACUUUGUUCUCAUUCAUCCUCGCAGCGCCUCAGCCCUUUAAACAGCCGGACGCCCAGCUUCUGCUGACUUCAAUGUGGAAGCUCAAAGUGGGUUGUUCCAGCAGCGAAACUAGACGCUCAUUAGAUAAAUGCUGGGCUUUGUCCCGCCCAUCGGACGCUGAGCUUCUCUGGAGUUCUAUGAUGAGAGGGCGGUCCCGACUUUCUCCCGGACUCCGAGCUUCUGCAUCCAUGAUUGGAUGAGCUGUCUGAGGCGAAAUCCUUUUUUGAUUGACAGCUAAACAAGCGAAUCAGCGAUCUUGAAGAAUAAAACAUCUACCAAAGCAUUUUCCAAGUUAUUCAUUCCGUUGUUCUUAACUGCUCCAGAGACUUUACCGAUCCUCAGCGACUUUUGUCUUUGUUAAAAACGACUGCCAUUGUGUUUGGCGACUCUGUUCUGUUACAUACAAAUAAACAAACACAAUUAUGAUGUAGGCCAGAAAAAUGAGCUUCCCCUCCUUGAAAGACCAGCAGCCGCCACUGAGUGUCAGAGACACAGAACCCGAAGACCAAAACAGGGGCUUUGAGUGUCUGACGGCUCAAAAGGUUGUUGAUAGAAAAACACAGAGAUUAAAACAUUUAUGUUUAAAAACUGUAAUGUAGAGAAUAAUGCUUAAACUAUAUAAAAUUUCCAAAAUGCUGGAAGAGAUUAAGGUUGAUGGACAAAGACACCAACACAUGAGCAGCAUUUCAUCUUUCACCUUCACUACGAAGGUGAAACCAAGAGAUGAGCACAGAGGUGUUUUAGUGAAUGUGAUGGCAUCACUGUGAACUGGCAGAGCAUGCAGGGUGGACCUGCAGUGUGUGUGUAUGUGUGUGUGUGAGAGAGUGUGUGUAUAUAUAUGCAAAGGUCUUCUUCUUUGCUCAAGUUUGAUGCCAGCAACACAUUUCAAAAAAGUUGUGAAAUAAGUUUUAACUCUUGUUACAACUUUUGGGAACUGAGGAGACCAGUUUCUGGAAAUCUGAAAGUGAAAUGUUGUACCACUGUUUCCCAAAUUCAGAUUUCAGCUUUUUAACAGUUCAGAGUGAUGUGUAAUGCAUGUCAUGAUGCUCUGGGUGUUUCCAGUGGGUGACAGGUCAGGACUGCAGAGCCAUAUUGUUUUAUUGUCACUCAGCAUCAGUGAAGCCAGAUGUGUAAACCACCCACGUUGUAGAUCUUUACACAUCUCUAAGUGGCUUCAAUGAUAACCUGAAGUGGUUCUGUUUGAAGCCCUCUAAGGACCCCUGAUCUACUCAUAUGACUGCCUACCUUAUCAUAAACUUCACGUGUAGUGCACUCCUGGAAACUUCCUGACACUGUCCAGAUUGGAAAACAUGUGUCACCCAAUAUCAGAGGCUGCUAAAUCAGCCUAUAGAGUGCAUUUUUUCUGUAAAGCCGAAGUGUGAAUGUAGCAGAUAACACUCAUGAACACUGGAGUGUGUUGAUAUUAUGAACAGGGUUUUCUUGUUUUCCUGUCUUUCCUGCACACUUUUAAACAUUGUUUUUCUCUCUUUCUUUAAUGUUAAAACCUGAAGAGGUCAGAAAAUCCUGUGACUUUUUGAACUGUCACUCUGAGAAAAGUAUGAAUGUCAUGAAGAUGGUGAAUGAAUGAAUGAAUGUCUAAAGAUGGGUGAAUGUUUUUAAAGUUUGAUUGACGUUUCUAGGUAGAAGUAUAGAGGAGUUGAAGGUUUUUGAAGUUGUGUGAAGAAAAUGUGAGAAAAGGGCCUUUUUGAACAUUCCGUAAUGCAUUUCUAAUGGGAGAAAUCUAUUGGAAAACAGGGAAUAUCUUGGAAAGUAUGAAUGUUAGGAACAUUUUGAAUACAAGCUGGAAUGUCCUCAAUGAGAUGAAUAUUUUAAAGUUUGAAUGGUUUGAAUAUGUUAAAGUUUGUGGAAGUAAUUAAGGGCCAAAAAAUGGUAGAGGUCGCUAUAAUAAUAAUAAUAAAGAUAUAAAUAACAUAUAGUGGGAAUGCUUCGCAAUCCCACUCAAUAAACAAAAUUAUUAAGUGGAUGCUGAUUAAGCAUUUCCACUUAAUAAUAAACAAAAUGGCCGACACGAAUUACAAUAAGUGGAAAUGCUUAAUCAGCAUUUCCACUUAAUAAUGUAACAGUGAUGUUUAGACCAGAUAUGACCAAGAAUUUUCAAGUGCAAACGACAUUUGUUUGUAGCGACCAACUUGUAGCAGCUGCUCAGCAUGCCGCUCCUCACCUUCUGAGUGAGAGACGGAGCGAACUGCUUGUAACUGGUGCUACGAGCGAUGCGAUUGGACAGCGGCGGCAACCCAGGUACGUGCGUGACGACGCAACGCUACGUGACUGGAAGUUACACUCGUACGAGAACCUGACGGAAUUAUUUAUUUUAAUAAUAAUAAUUAUUAUUAUGACAAUAAUAAUAAUAAUAAUAAUAAUAAUUAUAUAUAUAUAUAUGUAUAUAUAUAUAUAUAUAUAUAUAUAUUAUUAUUCUUAAUACCAUUUUAUUUAAUUAUAUUAAUGAUGAACAACAGACUUAAAUAAUAGAUUUGCUCCCAAACUGGGGACAGUUUGACAAUUUCAGAAACUCAAUAAGAAGGAGAAAAGAAAUCCUCUACCCUGCAAUUAGACAUCUGGGCCUUUUUUUCUGCUUAAGGUGGCACUGUCUUUUUAUUUGACCUUCCUUCCUAAACCCAAACACCAUCUGCUCUUCACCAAAGCUUCUCUGAAAUGGCAAAAGGCGUCAUAAAUGUACCAAUGUCCAAUUACAGCUGUCUACUUUUUUAACUCGUGUGUGUGUGUGUGUGUGUGUGUGUGUGUGUGUGUGUGUGUGUGUGUGUGUGUGUGUGUGUGUGUGUGACAGGGACGCAGCAGUGGGGGAGUGCAAAUUUAACCUCACAGUUCUGGACUGCUUACAAGGAAUACAUAAGGUAAACAAUAAGUGCUAAGGUUAUACCACAGUGGCUAACUUUGGUGAAAAAAGGAUUUACACAAACUCACUAUGAGAGAUUAUAGGGACUAUAGUCUGUCCAGUCAUUAUCUGUGGUUCUCCUGACUCCUAAUUCACAGUUGUUACAUCAUACUGAACUGAAAAAAGCCAAGGUUUUCAACAGUGAAAUACAUGGAAAAAUAACAGCAGCUUAAUGUCCCUGCCAGAGGUCAGUCAGUUCGGCCUGUCUCAUUCUUGUCUGUCUGUCUGUCUGGGUGGGUGUGUCUCUCUCUCUCUCCAGGCACUGCAGCUUGGCUUCUUUGACUUUGACAGUUUCAAUGUUGAAGAGUAUGAACACUAUGAGGUGAGGUUUGCAGACAGACACUGAUUUUGAUCAUCAAUCCACAAUAGUUUCACUUCACUUACAGUUCAAAAACACCUUUAGGUGAAGGAUUAAGGAUAAAGCGGAUGAAAAAACUUUAUGUCCUGAUAUUGGAAGUAUGCCCAGAGGGGUGUCUAGAGUUAGCUCUCCUGAAACUGAUAGGCCAUCCAAAGUCUCAGUGUCAAAACAAUAUUUAACUUUUCACUUUAACUCAAACAGCUAGACAGUGUGCAGGAGCUAUUCUACUCUCUCUAUUCCAAUUUCUUGAACAAUGAAGUAGGACAGACUAAAAGGUUUUAAUGCUGGUUUUCUGUUGGGUAACUUCUAGGAGUUAAAGAUAAAAACAGGAGUAUGACAUCUGAAUGGUACUUGAGUGUCCGUAGGUCAAUGAUGGCUCUGGAUUGAAAGGGUAAAUGUAAACAGAGAGCUUGUCCAACUUACUGCCAAACAGCCUUAACCCUUUUUUCUGCUAGCUUACAUUAAUCGUUGAGGCCUUGCUGGUGCUGCAUUCAUGAAAUUACAGUUUUGUGUUGAGUGACUAUUUUUUUUAGAAAUGUGCUGUGGUAGAAAUGCAGUUUUAUACUGAAUGAAUGAAUCAACACUACAUUUAUUGACAUUUGUUUACUAAAAGAGUAAGAAAACCAUCCCUCUACACUUUUGAUAAACACACAGUUAUUUAAGAUGGAGUAACUAUGGGACUUCUUUUUCAUAAACACGGGAGGCAGGUUAGAGGAAACAGUAUGUCUUUAUUUAUUUAUUUAUUUAGAGGAAGACUAACAUGUUAGACAUCCUUAAAGUUAAAAGCUUCUUAAUUCUUUCUUUCUGUUUUUAGCGAGUAGAAAACGGGGACAUGAACUGGAUCAUCCCAGGGAAAGUUCUGGCCUUCUGCAGCCCUAACUCUCGCAGUAAGAUAGAGAAUGGUGAGUCAUAUUUUUUUUCAGUUUCCCCUGUCCUGUGUGAUGAGGUUAUAGAUUCAUGAUUUAUAGGAAAACUUCAGUGUUUGUCAACCCGGGCCCUGUUUUUCCAUGUGUUUGAGGAUGCUUGACUGCUGUGGAGAACACUGUCUUAGAAUGGUCCAGUGUUGAGGGAGAGCAGGGCAGCCGCCAAACCAAAUCAAAUGAAGUUUCUGUCAUGGUGCAGGGUAAAACAAGGGAACAAGGACCCAAAAAUGCAGAUCUUAAGGAUUCAUUAAAGAAAAAUCAAAAAAAGAAAACUUUAGCAAAAACUAACUCUGAAAAUGUCAAAGAAGAAAAAAAGAGAAAAAUCCAACAAAAGGCACUUAGGAAAAACCACAAGGAUCAUGGGGAACAGGCAAACAUACAAUGAACCAACAAAGAAACAGGGGAAGACAGGGACUAUAUGCACAGGGAAACAAGCAACGAGAGGCAGGUGAGACACUGAGGCUGUGUCCAAAAUGGCAUACUGCCUACUGUCUACUUACCUACUCAAUCAGUACAUACUGCAUACUGAGUAGUCAAAGAUGAUUUGAGUAUGCUGCGGCUGCCGGAGCGUUUACAUACAGAUGCAUACUAAAUACCCCAGAAUGCAUUUCGUGCUGGCCGGACGCAGUGCCGGGAAAAUUUAAAUAGUCCUACCACAAGCUACACAGAACGACUGCAUUCCGGACAAAUUAUAUAAAUUCAUUCAGUAAUAAUAUUUUUUCUAGCGAGAAAGUAAGUGUUAACAUCACAAUUAUGAGCCCAGUUGUUUGAAAUAGCGGCUGUUUGUAAAUUUGUCUCGGCGUUUUCGGAGACCAAAGUGUCCGCUUGGUGGGUGUUUGCGUCUAUAUACCGUAAACACUGGGCAGCAGCAGCUCCCCCUUCAAGUUUCCAAAUUAUUGCAAAGUGUUUUCAUCAUCAACAACUACACAACACAAACCAGGCGGCAGUGAAUGAAAAAAAUAACACAAACACCUGUGUAUCCAUGGUGAUAAUGCUAUACACCACCUGCUGGGCGUGUGAUGAGCAGCAGAGGGCUGCAAAAUGACCAACACACAGCAUAAUUAUUAUGACCUUGUUCGGUUAUUCCUUGGCAAAUACACAAUUUCCCGACUACAUUCUUUUCAUGUACAAUGAUAAUUUCAGAAACCAUUAGGUAGUUCUGCCUGGUGUAGGCUGAAAACCAUAAAGCGCCGCCAUGCAUGAAGACAAAGGUGUCUUUUCUUCAGGGCAGCUAUGUACUUCCUAAUGGAUUUUCAACCACAAGUAAGAAUUAGUAAAGCUCACAUAUACAUUGUCAACUGGAAACUCCCCCGUUUGUAUAUUCUGAACCAUGUGCUCUCUACCAAUAAUAAUUUUUAUUAAUCAGAAGACUGUGCUUAAUAUGAGUGACCACUUUGAUGAUGCAUUCAGAGAUGAGAAAAUGCUCAAACUUGUUGUAAUAAAUACAUCUUUAAUAGACACUUAAAUAAAUAAAGUCAAUUCAUACGAGUAGUUAAAAACAUUACCUACAAUCCCAAUUUAAAAUACAAACAAAUCUGGUAAAAAGAUAAAAAUAUGAUAAAAUGAUAAAAAAUUGUUUAAUGUAUACUGACUAAAUACUGUUUAUCUAAUCAUUAUUAUUUCAAUCCCAUGCCAUCUAUUUCUUUUGAGCCUCGGGAAAGAGGGCCAUAUUGCCAGCUGAAGUGCGCAAUGCAUUGUGGGGCAGAAGCAGUACGUGAAGCAAGCUCUGCUCCAUACUUAGAAAUCAAAGCCGAUUGAGUAGACAUCCGGGCAUUUCUCGCAUACACAAAAUUCGCAUACUGUACAGUGUGAACGCACUGCCUACUCAAUUCGGGGGCGGGGUUAGUAUGAGUAGUAGGAGUAGUUUGCAAUUUCGGACACAGCCUGAGACACAGGUGCAGACAAUUACUGAGGAGGAAAAACAAAGGAAGUAAAAUAAGACUAUACACACAAGGAUGGACAACUACAAAAUAAAACAGGAAACACUGAAAACUGAUCUAAAGAAUAAAACACUGAGAAAAAGAGGGAAACAGAGUCAAACACUAACUGAAAAAUCACAACACAGGAAAAAUGAGAAUUUCCUUGGAAGAGGAUCUGACUGUCACUGUAGUGCCUGACAGAGCACAUAUGAUUUCAGUUUUUGCUUUAAUUAUUAGAUAUUAUCUAACUGGGUCAACAGCAACCCUAACACAACAAGUGCCACAAUUUUAAAGAGAGCAUUAUAUAAUUUAGUCAAUUUAUUGUUAUUAAUUUUUAGUAUGCAAUUUCGGACACAGCCUGAGACACAGGUGCAGACAAUUACUGAGGAGGAAAAACAAAGGAAGUAAAAUAAGACUAUACACACAAGGAUGGACAACUACAAAAUAAAACAGGAAACACUGAAAACUGAUCUAAAGAAUAAAACACUGAGAAAAAGAGGGAAACAGAGUCAAACACUAACUGAAAAAUCACAACACAGGAAAAAUGAGAAUUUCCUUGGAAGAGGAUCUGACUGUCACUGUAGUGCCUGACAGAGCACAUAUGAUUUCAGUUUUUGCUUUAAUUAUUAGAUAUUAUCUAACUGGGUCAACAGCAACCCUAACACGACAAGUGCCACAAUUUUAAAGAGAGCAUUAUAUAAUUUAGUCAAUUUAUUGUUAUUAAUUUUUAUUUUGUUGAAAUAGAGGUUCCUGACAAAGUCAAAAAGUCUUGAUGCGAAAAAGCUAUUUUUUUUAGCAUUUAAAAUAAAAGCAGGUCAGUUUUGACCAUAAGACAGGAGGAGGGUAAAAGCAGGUUUAAGAAGCCAGUAAUGUGGCUUGAUCUGUUUGUCUGUGUCCACUUGUAUUGCACAGUAUACAGGUUGUUGGCACUGAAUCCAACUAUUCCCUCUUCUGACUGAGGCAUUCAUUUGAAAUUUUUUUUUUACAUGUUUGUCAGAUUCAGGGUGUUUAAUUUGAAAUGUCUGUAUCCAGGUUAUCCUCUCCACGCACCAGAGGCCUAUUUUACAUACUUCUGCCGAAAUAACGUCACAGCUGUCGUCCGUUUGAACCGGAAGAUGUAUGACGGCAAGCGUUUUGAGGAUGCAGCUUUUGAGCACCAUGAUCUCUUUUUCGCUGAUGGGACCACACCCUCUGACCUCAUCGUCAGGCGCUUCCUGCAUGUGUGUGAAAGCACAGAAGGAGCUGUGGCUGUGCACUGUAAAGGUGGGAGUGGCUUUGUCUGUAUGUACGUUUGUGUAUGGUCUACACGAUUUUGGCAAAAAACAAAACCCCAAUUUUUUCUCUGAAAACUCAAUUUUUAAUUUUGUUUUUUUUAUUCAGUGACAACUUUACAAAAAAUCACUUUAAUAAUAUUAAGUUUUUCUUUCAUCUCUCAAAACAAAACUACUGAAAACAAUGUAGUGCAUAUGCAAAGCCAGUAAGUGGCACUGUAGCGCUGCCCAGGAAAUGCAUAAAAUACAGAGCAUGCAUGAAGGUUAUUUUGGCCAGACCAUAGACUGUAUAUAGAAUGGACAACGUCUGCCUCCUUGCUGGGUGAAGCCACUCCGAGAACAGCACCGUCUGUUGAUGAGCUGCUGUAUAGGUCAUAAACCCCGCCUCCGCCAGCAAAGCUUAUGGGGCUGUGGACAAACUUUAGAAAUUUAUUCUCCUCCUUAUUUUUUCUCCACCCUGCUUGUGAUGUUGACAUGUAGUUACAGUAAGACUGGUUUGUGCUCAAUUCCUUUUUUUUUCUGUGAAGCUCCAUUUUUAAAAGUUAUUAGGGGGUUCAUGUUUUCUUUGAUUGACACCUGAUACAGCCUGUGGGUGUUCAGGGAUUGCGUAGCUCACCUGGGGGACACACUGUUUAAGCUGAGCAUCACCACAGCGACUCUCUGCGACUCUCCCGCUGAAUGCUCAUGGCACUACUGUGCCUCAAAAGUGUAUACAGGCGGGAGGCAGAACCAAGUUGUCCAUUGUAUAUACAGUCUGUGGGCCGGACACGCGCAGGUGCCAUAAAAGAGUUACGCUGUGUGUCACAUGAUCGUUUCAAGAGAUUAAUGCUGCGUCCGAAUUGCCCGCUCGGAUACUACAUGCUACUGCUACAUACUACUGCUAGAUCCUACUCCUACAUACUAAACACGUUGGCCCAAUUCGGACACACUAGACGAGCGGUGGGGAAAGACGACCCCCGCAGGCAGAGAGUAGGUACAGCGCCCGUGCAGAGAGUGGUAACUGAAGCCCCUCAUCUGUGGGCCUGGCUGUAGUACUGCAGCUGUGCAGUUUAAUGAUGGAAUAAGUGAGCUUUACCUCCAUGAUGUCGCCACAUAUUUGCUCAUAAAAUGAUUACUUGGGCAAAUAUGACACCAUGACAUGACAAAGAGAUACAACCGCACAUUUUUUAGGACAGUGUGUGAAGUUACAUGAAACUGUACUGCUGCGGUCCCUCCUGCUGCUGCUGCUGCUCCGACAUGGUGCGCGCUGCUGUGGCCAGCCGGCAUUCGCGACACAUUUAAAUAGGCAGAGCAGCUGGUGGCGCUAGCAUCACAUGCGCUUCUACAACUUUUUAGAGGACGAAGAAGCCCGUGGUGCAUUUUGGGUCAGUAGCAUGCCCGUAGGAUGCACCGAGACCAACCUACAAUGUGGGCGUGUCUAGUAUCUGAAGUAGUAUCUGAAGUAGCAUGCUACUCGCUCCGGUGGCCAAUUCGGACAUGCUAGAUACUACUUCGACUACUACUUGGCAAUUCGGACGCAGCUUAAGAUAGGCAUCCACACGGAGAUGAAUUGGUAGUCGUUUAAGGAUUUAUGCACUCCCUGACCCGUUUUAAAAAAGUACUGUUUACAGUCACCCGAAACGCUGUUUCCGUGUGGAUGAAACGUAGAUAUGACAAAAAACGUUUGCGUUUACUCCUAAAUUUGUUUCCAUGUGGACAGGUUGAUACCGCCUUCAGACAGACUUUGCAGCAGAGAGUGAUUUGCCCUUUGUCUGAAACUGUGAAGUUGUACUAAUUCCACAUGACUGACUUGCUCUUCCCCUAUUUAGCCACAAAAUUAUCGCCUUUUGCUAACGCCAUGUUUGUUUACACUGGUGUGUGUGGGAACUGGGGUGCGCUCUUGCAGGAAGGGGAAGCCUACGGUGGCCUGGAGGCACAAAAGAUGAUAGCGAGGAAAAUCAAUUAUACAGUUUUAUUUUUUUUUACAUUUUCAUAAUUAAAUAAUCCAAUUACAAUGUAAAAUCAAUUAAUGGUGCAGCCCUAAUGUUAAUUUUUUCAUCAUAUUAAAGGUGAACUGAAUUCAUCUUACAGUGGCUGGUUCCUCAUGCAUGCAGUGUGAUGCAAUUCAUGCCUUUUUUCAACCUUGAAAAAACAUCAGAUUAGAAAACUAAACCUUGCUUUUGUGAACAUGUUGUCCAAUAACAGCUGGCCUUGGGCGUACAGGCACUCUGAUAGGCUGCUACUUGAUGAAGCAUUUCCGGUUUACUGCAGCAGAGGCCAUUGCUUGGAUACGAAUUUGCCGCCCUGGAUCCAUCAUUGGCUCCCAGCAGAACUUCUUAGAGGAGUGAGUUUGUCUCAUUUGAAGUCUCACACCCAUCAGCUUUGACAUGGCUUCAGAGGACUCAAGACCUCCAGCUCACAGAGAAAACUAAAAGAGUGAAAUGCAAUGACAUAGCUCAGAGUUUGAAAUAUCUCAAUUUUGACAUUUAAGACUUAACAGUUCAGUAAGGUAACUGCUAUGAGCUGCUCAAACAUACUAUAUGAACCUAGUAUAAGAAGGUUUCUAGUAAUAUCAGUGCAGCAGUGAUCUAACAAAAAUACUUAUCUACUCCUCAAGAUAUUUUCUGAUAUUUUCAGCUGACUUUCCUGCAACCUUUUUAAAAUUCUAAAGUUCUGUCUCUGGGUGCACAAUAUUGUCUGUUUUUUAUGUGUGUAGGAAAGAGCAUAGUUUGUGGAUCCAAGGAGAUGUCUAUCGCUCCAAACAGAGACUGGCUCAGCGAAGAGUGAGCCGGCGACAGCAGCUGCAGCAACAGUGUCAGCGUCAGCAGCAGCAGCAGCAGCUGCAGCUGUACAGGCCUGGCUCUGAGGAGGUCAGACAGGAGACCAUGUCCCGCCUGAUCUCCAGCAUGGAGGACCUGUCUGUUAAUACUUCCCUCUAUAAAUCAUACAGCCUGGAUGAUGUGAGUCUGGGUCUGUCUGGGAUCAAUCAGUUUCUUACUCUCUCUCUCUCUCUCUCUCUCUCUCUCUCUCUGUCUCUCUCUCUCUCUCUGUCUCUCUCUCUCUAUAUAUAUAUAUAUAUAUAUAUAUAUAUAUAUGCAUAUUAAUCUUUAUUAUCUAUGUGCAUGUGUCCCUUUUGCAUUGUGUGUGAAGAAUAACUGGAAGGACAGCAGUCUUACUCAAGGAGAUAAACUGAGGACACUGAAAGGAAAACGUCCACCUCGCUCUUCCUCCUCUUCCUCAAGGUCGGUUUUACCUGUUUUUUUAAUUUAUUUACUUAUUAUUUUUUGCAUAGAAAAACAAAAGCAGUCAUGGAAAAAGGUUCAGCAUUUGGUGGAGAUAGAGGUUUGGCAUCUUGCAAAGUCCAGUUUUUUAGCUGUGAAAAUAAAAACACCAUCUUUUAAUAAGGGAAACAAAUGCUAGCUUAUCUAAGAACCAAGUUAAGGAGUAUAGAAGAGCAAUUAAUAAAGUGUUAAUUCCUGUGCUCUUUCCCCUGAGCCACACGUUUACCCUACAGCUAUAAUUAAGUCAAGUCCAGGUUUAUUUAUAAAGCCCCUUUAAAAAGACAGCAGUCAAACAAAGUGCUGUACAUGGGAUAAAUAAAAUAAGUAAAUAAAUAGAAAGAUAACAAUAAAACAAUAAAAUUAAAAACUGGAAUAAAAUGAAGACAGUAAAAGAAAAAAGCUACAGUGCCUAUGAUUCAUGUGUGCUCAUUUAUUAAAUGCAAGGGAGAAAAGGUGGGUCUUUAAAGAUGAUUUAAAGGACUCUAAAGUCUGUGAGGCUUUACAUGGCCAGGUUAACGGUUCCACAGUCUAGGGGCAAAUGCUGAAAAAGCCCUGUCACCUCUCGACUUGAGCCUGAUUUUGGGGACGCUCAACAGUAACUGGUCGGAGGACCUUAAGAGGAAAUAUAAAGGCAACAUCAAAAGUAGUCAAAAACGGCCAGUUAUACCCCCAGAUUGCAGAGGGUUAAGGCUCUGGCUGGGGAGUGGUGAUACAGUAGCUCUGACAGGUAAGGAGGGGCAAGACCAUUGAGGGCUUUAAAAAGGAUUAAAAGAAUUUUAAAAUCAAUACAAAAGCAGACUGGGAGCCCAAGGAGUUGCAGUGAUCUAUUCGUGAAGUUAUAAAGGCAUGAAUAGUUUUCUCAAGAUCAGCCUUUAAAAAAUCAUUUUAAUAAUAAUAAAGAAGUAAUUCUGAGUACUCUAGUGUUUGUUUUAGAUAUAAUUCAACAGCAUCAAACUCUUAAAGGUAGUGUGCAGAUUGAGUAUCAUCAUGACAGCCCUGCAGGCUUUAACAGGCUUAAAUGAAGGGCUUUGACUGGUAUGCAUACUUUGUUCUUAAUUUGAUAUAAUAUUGGGAUUGUGUAUUUUAUGUCCCUCUGAUUUCAGCUUUUUGAUAGGAUCAUGAAUGAAAGAUAAAAUAGCAGAAGUUAAAAUCUCAUAAACUCAGCAAAUCAUUGCAGAUCAUUGAUCUGUGCACUGUACUGAUAGUAUCUUUAGGCUGCUGGGUCAGGACUGAGAGGUGGUGUGAAGUAAACCACGCUCUCUAUCUUUCUCUGGUGCAUAAAAUGUGACACAUUCAGAAACAAACUAACCAUCAAAGAGACACCCUGAACAUCAGCACAGUUAGAUUUUCAAACUGGAGCUGUUUGGACAUCAGCAAAGAAUUACUGGAUUGCCUGAUAGGAAUGAAAAUCUUCAAAAGCAAAAAGAGCGUCUGUAUUGCUUUGAUGGUAUUUACUACUUUCGAAACGAGCAAACGCACAGCUUUACACUACAUGUGGUUGUAUUUUGUGUGUUCUUAGAUUUAACUUGUCCAAGGCCUCUCCCUCUUCCAUAUUGCCGCCUCCCAAGUUCUCUAAAGUCCCUCUCUCCUUUGCUACAUCGCCCUCCUCAUCUAAGAAGCUCGUGCGAAGCAGCUCCUCUUCAAUCAUGCAGGUGAAGAGGUGAGUGAAGCGUUACCACUGUUGUUUCUUUACAAAUGUCAGUAAAGUCAGAAGUCAACAUUGGCAGACGGAUAAGUCAGAUUUUGACUUAAUUCUUCAAUUAAUGAUUAUUCAACCAGGGGGUCCUGUUGAGAUGAAAAUUCUCUUUUAUCUUUUAAGAGAAACCUGGUCAAAGAAGCAGCCAAAGAGAUUACAUACACCUAAAAGAUGACACUUACAGACCCUAUGAUUAGUAAAUCACAGUAGUCCACAAUUAAAAUAGGCUACAACAUAACAUCCAUAAUGGACAGUCUGUAGCAUAACAUCUGUAACAUUAGGUAUAUAAUGUAAGAUCUGUAAUGUAACGACUGUAACAUACAUGUAACAACUGAACAUGAUCAGAAUAUUUCAUUUAUCCAUGGGGAAAAUUCAGUAACAUAACAUAAUGUAUUAAACACAAUGUCUCUUCUGUAGCUUCUGUGAUAUUACGCCUGUAACAUAAUAACCUAAGUCACCUAAGUCUACAGUCGUGGCCAAAAGUUUUGAGAAUGACACAAAUAUUGAAUUUUCACAGGUUCUGCUACUUCACAGUUUUCAGGGAUUUUUGUCAGAUAAUUCUAUGGUAUACUGAAACACAAUUUCAAGCAUUUCAUAACUUGGAUCAAAAGCUUUUAUUGAAAAUUUCACUGAGUUAAUGCAACAAGUCAAUAUUUGCAGUGUUGACCCUUCUUUUUCAAGACAUCUGCAAUUCUCCCUGGCAUGCUGUAAAUCAACUUCUGGACCAAAUCCUUACUGAUGGCGGUCCAUUCUUGCGUAAUCAAUGCUUGGAGCUUGUCAGAAUUUGUGGGUUUUUGUUUGUCCACCCACCUCUUGAGGAUUGACCACAAAUUAUCAAUCGGAUUAAGAUCUGGGGAGUUUCCGGGCCAUGGACCCAAAAUCUUUAUGUUUUGUUCCCCCAGCCAUUUAGUUAUUACUUUCGCUUUAUGGCAAGGGGCUCCAUCAUGCUGGAAAAAGCAUUGUUCAUCACCAAACUGGUCUUGGAUGGUUGGGAGAAGCUGCUCUUGGAGGACGUUCUGGUACCGUUCUUUAUUCAUGGCUGUGUUUUUUGGCAAGAUUGUGAGAGAGCCCACUCCCUUCACUGAGAAGCAACCCCACACAUGGAUGGUCUCAGGAAAUUUGACUGUUGGCAUCAGACAGGACUGAUGGCAGCGCUCACCUCGUCUUCUCCGGACAAGCUUUUUUCCAGAUGUCCCAAACAAUCGGAAAGGAGAUUCAUCUGAGAAAAUCACUUUACCCCAGUCCUCAGCAGUCCAAUCCCUGUACUUUUUGCAGAAAAUCAGUCUGUCCUUGAUAUUUUUUCUGGAGAGAAGUGGCUUCUUUGCUGCCCUUCUUGAAACCAGGCCUUCCUCCAAAAGUCUUCGCCUCACUGUGCGUGCAGAUGCACUCACACCUGCCUGCUGCCAUUCCUGAGCAAGCUCUGCACUGGUGGCGGCCCGAUCCGGCAGCUGAAACAACUUCAGGAGAUGGUCCUGGCACUUAGUGGACUUUUUUGGGCGUCCUGUAGCCUUUUUGGCAACAAUUGAACCUCUCUCCUUGAAGCUCUUGAUGAUCCGAUAGAUGGUUGACUGAGGUGCAAUCUUAGUAGCUGCUAUAAACUUUCCUGUUAGGCCCUUUUUUGUGCAGUGCAAUGAUGACUGCACGUGUUUCCUUGCAGGUAACUAUGGUUAACAGAAGGGGAACAAUGAUGUUAAGCGCCAUCCUCCUUUUGAAGUGUUGAGUCUGUCACUUUAACGCAAUCAUGACAGAUUGAUCUCCAGCCUUGUCCUCAUCAACACCCACACCUGUGUUAACAUUGUUCAUGUCAUUGAAAUGAUGUUAGCUGGUCUUUUUGUGGCAUGGCUAAAAUGCAGUGUAAAUUUGUCUUGGGGAUAAAGUUCAUUUUCAAGCCAAAGAGGGACUUUGCGAUCACUUGCAAUUGAGCUGGUCACUCUUCCUAACAUUCUGGAGUAUGUGCAAAUUGGCAUUAGAACAAUUGAAGCAGCAAAUUUUGUCAAAAUCAAUAUUUGUGUUAUUCUCAAAACUUUUGGCCACGACUGUAUAAAGUUUUGCCUGUAACAUAAUGUCUGUAUCGUAACAUCUGUAAUGCAACGUCUGUAAUUUAUCAUCUAUAAUGUAGCCUAUGCAUUGGAUAACACCUAUAAUAUAAUAUCUUUAAUGUAACAUCUGAAAGUAACACCUGUUACAUAAUGGGCUCUAUUUUCGUUCCUUGCCGGCGGCAUGACAUAGGCGCGGCGUAAGUCAGGUCCGCCACACUGACAAGGCCUGCCCAAGCACAUUUUGGUAUUUUGGUGAGCGGCGCAGCCCGGCGUAAGUAUCCCCCCUCCCUAACUCAGCUCCUCCCAGCGGCGUAAGUCGUAGCGAGGGAGGAGAGAGGGCGUGGAGUGGUUGAAACACAGCCGUGACCUGUUUUUGCCAAUCAGAUCAGCUCCUCUCUUCUCCUUUAAAUCCGCCAUCGGUAAGGCGUAUUACAAUUUUCGUGAAGUAGUUAAAGAGAUCAAGAGAUGUCUGAAGACAGCAAUGCCACACGAUGGCGACAGAAGGCAUCCCCUCAACAAGUGUCGCUGUAAAUGCUGCAGAGGGCAUCCUCCACACGGUCUCAUAUAAGCACAGAUGGAUUUGGUGUGUGUAAGGUUGGACCCACUGGUAAGACAAACACCCUUUUCCACAAAUAAAGCCAAUCAAAUAAAGUUGCAUAUAUUUAAACCUCACGUGACAAAGGUGGGAUGUGUGCACAGAUCACAACAUAAAUUCCAAUAAUGGCAUUAAAAUCGGAACCAUCUGUGCGUGAAGGACGCAUCGCGUCUCCAUGGCCUGGCUCUUUCUUUCACUGAUGUUGGCAUAUAAAAUAAAUUUGACCCAUGCAACUGAAUAUUAUAAUAUCCGUAUGUAGGCUAAAAGUAAAAAACUCAUCUGAUCACUGAAAGAAAUCAUCUGUUCAGCCGCCGCAGCAGCUGCAGCAGGACGGAGAGAGGACACAGAGACAUGUCCAGUGUCCAGGUCGAGCUGCGUGAGAAAUAAGAGGAAGAGGAAGAUAGAAAUAGGGGGGAGACGAAUUAAAUAUCUUGUUAACUUCAUCAUGUGUGUUUAUUUACUAGGUAUUUAAUUUAAUUUAAUGGGGUUUCAGCUUUGUUAAUUCAGUCAGGUUGAGUGUCCAAAACGCUAAUCAGAUCAGAUACAGAUCAGAAUAUAUCUGUAUAGAUCUAAAUCUAUGUGCUGACUCAGAAUAUUAGCUGUUGUUGAUUAUUCGUUGCACUGAAAUGUGCCUGACACUGUGGAAACCUGCCAGUGAGGCAUCGGUGAUGUAUGCCGAUACGCCAUUGGUCUACUAAAAUACCACUAGACCAGCUGCGCUCCGGCUGCGCUGAAAGCUGACCAGGUUUGAAUCGGCGAGCUUUCAGCGCACUUUUCACGCCGGCGGUGAGCACGAAAAUGUCACUGUGCCAGCUGAUUCUGUCGACAUCUCCCCCUGCCGCGCCACCGCACCCACCUUGGUGCACCUUAGUCCACGAAAAAACCAAACUGACUGUGCACUGGGCUCCGCAAGAUGAAAACACCACUGCGCGGGGUCCGCCACCCUCUGCCGUGUCGCCGGCAGGCACGAAAAUAGAGCCCAACGUCUGUACUGUAACAGCUUUAAAGUAACAGCUGGGAGGGUUAAUUCAAGCAAUCCUAUUGGAUUUAGGAUUUUUUUUUAAUGGGACAAUAUGCAUUAAUGAACAUUUACAUGUAAAUGCAUGGGAUUAUAGCUGAUUAUUGUGGCUAAUUUCCAUCCUCAAUCCCAUUAGCAGGUUGUUGUCAAUACAUAAAACCAGAACAAACAUCAAUAAUAGGAGUACAUGGCACACGGUUUAGUAUUUAGAAGCAUUUCACAGAAAAGAACUGGUAGAAAUGGGAAGUCAUAUACUUGUGUGUGUGUAGAUCCGUGUAUAAUUACCUGACUAUAACAAUUUUUUGUUUUUGUCAAUUUAGAGUGAACCUUUACAUCCAAAUCCACAGUCGACCUUCAGAGGCUCCCUGAUGUUUCAGCUAAAACUAAAAACAGACAAACUAGUCACACACACGUGUUUUUUGUUUAGCGAGUGGCUGUGCUUCAUGCAAAAAGGAGAAGAAAAAGAGAGUGCUCUACUGAUGCUUUCACUUGUAAAAAAGAAAAAAAAACCUUCCCAAAUAGAGGAUCAGACUUAACAUGCAUCACAGGGGCUUCCUGUCCUCUAAGGGGUGAGCAGGGAAGCACUUCAGUCCAGCAUCAAACAACCAGCUGUCCUGGAGUGUUAACCCCCACCAAACGACUCUCAUGUGUUCAAGCAUGUUUCCAAGAUCUUCUGAAACAAAGCACUUUUAUGAACACUGGCAAAAGCCCAACACAAAUACAACAAUGGCAACACACUGCAAAUGAAAAAUACAGGGAUACAAAAGCAAAAACAACGUAUCAUUGCAUUAACAGCAAACACGCUGCAAACACCAGCAAUUCAAAUCUCAAAUAUCACAAACACAGAUAAUGUAGAUAGAAAGUUCCAGAGCAGAGUGGUUCUGAGGGCUGGGCUUCAUUACUGAGCUCUGUGCACCAACAGAACGAACCCAACCAUAGCCCUUCUUUUUGUGCCUGUAUUUAUUUAUUUUAUUUUAUCUUAUUUAUUUUUGUAAGUUUAUAUUUAGUACGUCUCUCCAGCUGAAGAUCCAGGUGUGUUUUCUAAAGACAGAGGUCAGCCUUAAAAGCUGGAAGGUCCAAAAGUUAAAGAGGCCUUGCAUUGUGCAGAACUGAAGUCUCAUCUCUGUUUUUCACCUCAAAGUCUAUUCAGUCAUCUCAAUUCUAGGAAUUCGUGAGCAGGACUGUCUGAUCUGUACUUGUAAAUAAAGACACCUUGACCAGAAAAAGCUCAUUUUGUUCUAACUCUGUUCCUGUGCCCUCUCUUGAACUCAUACUCACGCAGCAAUGUAAGAGUCAUGAACCUUUUUCUGACUCCGUCUUCUUCCUUCUCUCUGUCUCUGACUCUAGCCCCUUCAGCCUCCAUCUGUUCAGCACCAGGACUGCUGUGGUCCCAUGACUUUACUGGUUGGUCAUUACCAUUCUGCUCCC